UCACAAUGCUACUUCGUGUCAAACUUGCCAUAGAUAACAUUAGAAAGAUCACUUUAGAGCUUCCAGGGACUGUAAAAGAGCUUCACUCAAUGUUAAAGGCAAUGUUUAACUUGCAAGGAGAUUUUGUUAUACAAUAUGAAGAUCCUGACUUUCAUAAUGAGCUCUGUAAUCUUAUAAACAUCACCGAUCUCCCAAAGGAUAAAGCAACCCUCGAAAUAGUUUUCAAAUGCUCAGACAGCUGCUUUUCUGACUCCUCUUUGGAUACUGCUAGUGGGCAUUCAUUAACUUCGGAUGAUGCAUUCACUGCUCGUUUAAGAUCAUUGCCGGAAUCAUUUACAAUUCCGUUUUUUUCUUACGAUGUCGAGUACAGGCUCAAACAAGGAAAUGAAGCCUAUAAAAUAGACGGGUCUGUUCUGUCAUUCAGCAAGGACAUGAAGAUAGACAUUUUAGAUUGGUUGGCAAAUGCAAUGUACGAGUUCAAGGCCUAUCCUGAUGGUCAACAAUAUGAGAGUGUAGCUAAAGCCCUAACUGAGAAGCAUCCUUGUUUGAAGGAACCUGGCUCAAAGUAUGGCUGGCAUCAGUGGAAAUUCAGGUUAAAGUUCAAGAUGGCGAAUUACCGGCGAAAGCUUUCUACAGCAGGUUGUCCAGAAGUGAGCAUUAAUAGACUGAAAAGAAGAGAUGAGCACAGCAAACUGGUCAAAAAGAAGAAGAAGGCGAAGAGAUUGGAGUUAAACUUUCUACCCACUUUCCCACAAGGCAAGACAGCUGCGGUUCUCGAGGAGGAAUGGAAAGCUCUAGUUGAGGAAAUGUCAAAAAAGAAAAUUGACUGGAAUCUGGUGGACAAAUUGAUGUUGAGCACAUUUGCAUUAUGGAGAUGGGUUAUUGUGGAGGAUGCACCCCUUGUCUCUGAUGUGAAAAGCAGCUGGCCAGCACUGUUUACACAAAGUCAAGUCACUGCAGAGUUCACUAGGCUGCUCUGCAAAAAUCUUCAGGCAUCAUUCAUGGAGGGACUGGAUGUUUAUGUACCAAGACUGUUACAAAUGUAUCGAGAAAAUGGCGCUGGAAUUCCUGAACUGAGGAGUCUUCUGCAGUGCCUUGAAAAGGAGGUACAAAGAGAAUGACGUUGUUUUGUUUCUGUGAUGUUAUUCUUUAGAAUAAUCAACACGCAUGCUUUGUGUUUGAAGAUGUGUCUGCAGACUUAGUGGAGCCCACCAUUGUAAUUGUUGAAAUACCU